CGAAUCUGGUGUGUGCAGGAGCAUUUAUGAACAAGAAAAGUCUCGGCGUAACGCCACUGCAUUCACAUUCCUAUUACACAGAGAGAGAGAAAAACGAAAACACAAAAAGCGAUUCGUGGUUUCGUUCGUGAUCCCUUUCCAUGUCGCCAACGAAUCGCUUCUAACUGUAUCGAUUCCGAUCUCUGUGCUUACUGAUAGUGGCAUAGAAUAGGAUUACAGCGAAGAAUAACUCUUCAUUUUUCAACGUCAGCCAUGGCAGCAGCACCCGCUAGAGCUCGUGCCGAUUACGAUUACCUCAUCAAGCUCCUCCUUAUCGGCGAUAGCGGUGUGGGGAAGAGUUGUCUGCUUUUGAGAUUUUCUGAUGGUUCCUUCACAACCAGUUUUAUCACCACUAUUGGUAUUGAUUUCAAGAUAAGAACGAUUGAACUUGAUGGCAAACGCAUUAAGUUGCAAAUCUGGGAUACAGCUGGUCAGGAGAGAUUCAGAACUAUUACUACAGCUUAUUACCGUGGAGCCAUGGGUAUCUUGCUGGUUUAUGAUGUUACUGAUGAAGCAUCUUUCAAUAAUAUUAGGAAUUGGAUUCGCAAUAUUGAACAACAUGCUUCUGACAAUGUAAACAAGAUACUUGUGGGAAACAAGGCUGAUAUGGAUGAAAGUAAAAGGGCUGUACCUACCUCCAAAGGUCAAGCUCUUGCUGAUGAGUAUGGUAUCAAGUUCUUUGAAACUAGUGCAAAAACAAACAUGAACGUGGAGGAAGUUUUCUUUUCAAUAGCAAGAGAUAUCAAGCAAAGGCUUGCAGACACAGAUUCUAGAUCCGAGCCUCAGACUAUCAAGAUUAACCAACAAGAUCCAGCAGCGAAUGGGGGUCAAGCUGCAACAAAAUCAGCUUGCUGCGGUUAGUGAAAAGAAUCAAUAUCUGCAGUAAGAGGAUGCAGGUUCUACAGUAGUGCUCAUUUGGGUGCUAAUGUUAUUCCGAUGACAAUAUUCGUGGGAGCAUGUAUUUGUCCCUCUCUAUCUCCCAACCUCAGAUGCCGUGUUUUAAAAUUUAUAUUUUUAACUGUUUUCUUUCCUUUUCAUUUAGUUGGUGUAAUUUGUACUGACUUGUUGAAUUACUUCGAUUUCUUCUCUCAUAUGUAGUCUUUUACUCUAAGAUAUAUUGACGGAUAUAUUAUCACAACACUUCACCUGCAAAUUGCAAUGUAUAUCAGUCAAAAAGUUAUGCUGGUUUAACACUUCA